CUGUUAGUUGACGACAAGAGUUGUGCCGGGACGGUCGUGUUGAUAACAUGGCGGCCUUGGAUCACCUUAGCGAGAGAGAUAAAGCAGUUCUUCGGAGCAUAUUCGAUCCUACAGCUACGAUAGCUGCUGAUGUAGUUGAAGAUGCUGCUGCAGACAAGUUUAUUGAAGAAGAAGAAGAACCUACCACUGAUGCUUUCAAGGAGUCCAUAGCGCUCUCUGCCAAAGGAGUUCGGUUGGCGGAGGCUGGCAAGCUGGAUGAUGCGUUAGCGGCCAUGACGAGAGCGGUGCAGGCUGCGCCGGACCGGGCUGCAGCGUACAACGACAGGGCACAGCUAUUGCGCAUGAUGAUGAAGGAUGAUGAUGCUAUGGCAGACCUCAAUCGUGCUCUAGAUCUGACUAAGGAUAAGAAAACUCGCGCACGCGCUCUAGCGCUAUGCCAACGGGGCGUGCUCCUGCGCAAGCAAGGAAACGAUGACGAUGCGCGCGCAGUUUUCACUGAAGCUGCUAAACUCGGAAGCAGUUUUGCUAAGAAACAGGUAGUCGAACUGAACCCAUACGCAGCGUUAUGCAACCAGAUGCUCAGCCAAGUGAUGAGAGGAGAAAAAGAGAUCAAAUUAUAACAUUAAUCUUUCAUGUUAACUUUUGUAUUAUACCUACCUUAUUGUUGCGACAGGAACUAGUAAUUAAGAGAUUUUAGUUUAUAAAUAAAACACAGAUAAAAUCUAAUGGAUUAGAAAUUUAUAUUGUUGAGUACAAUCGACAUUCACCUCCGAGAAAAUCCAUACAAACAACCAGAGAUCCCAGUCACAGAUCUACCGAGAGAGAUUCCAGCGCGCGGCUGUUCGCCCCAGCACUUGGCUACACUCCCCAACACAUGGCUACAUGCCCCAAAAAUCCUUGAAAAUGACAAAUUUAAUACUACAAAUCGAAAUACUGUUACUACACUAUCGAUAUUAAUAAUAGAAUAUGCAAUAAAAUCUCAUAAACCAUGAUCGCGUGCAGACACUUUAUUCAUACUUUGGUAGCUGUAUCCGCACACAACCAUAUUUUAUCAUCGCAAAUUGGUUAAAAUUCAAAACUUUAAUAAUAAUUAUUAAUUAAUCCUAGUGAGAGGCGACGACGAUAGACUAACGGAAAUUGAAAGUGCACUUUACAUUAAAAAUAGGUCUUUUCAAACAUGGCGGCUCUUAUCAAAAUUCGCGCGCUUUUCAAUGUCAUUCACUACACCAAGUUACUUAUUUCGCGCCAAUUCGAAUAGACCUCAAAAUCGCACAAAGGAGAGUUGCUUAGGUUUCAAAGACAUGUGUAACUAAAAUUGAUGAAAUACUAACAUUUUUGGCACAUGUUUUUCUAAAAAAACAACAAUGAAGUUUUUGUGAGAUAUCAAUUGAGAUUUUCGUAUUACAAUUUAUCAAAACAUUUUUAAGUCUAAGCAACUCUUCUAUGCUUGUGAAGGAUGAUUUAUCACAGAAAUAGUUGCAGUGUAGUUUUAAAAUUCAAUGAAGCAUUGCAAAUACAGAUAUUUAAUAAUACAAACAUUUCUUGAGUAAUAUUCAUUCAAAAUUGAUUCUUAUCGUUGUUUAAAGUGCAAUUUACGGUAAAGGCAAGCUUAAAAUAUUUAUGGUGGCAGUAUAUUCAAAGAGAAUGAUUUAUUGUUUAAUCAAAUUAAACUUUAAACAACGAUGACAAAAUCUUUGGAAUAAAAUAACAGUGUACGAUUACAAGUUACUAAAAUAGUGCUUUAUUAUUUGCUUACAUAAUUGGAUAAGGUGCAAAAUAGUAUAAUGUGAGAAGUGAUUGCUCUUUUAUUUUAUUAGUGUAUUCUUCCAAUUCAUGACAUUAUUUUUUAACAGUAAGUAGGUUUUAUAGUCUGUGAACUUAAAUUACUGUCUUUUCAGCUUCGAAGUUGCCAGCGCAAAAAAUAUUGGUACGAAAUUACCACUAAUAAAAUAUAGAGCCACAAAAUAUAAGUAGCAAGAUAAAAAUGAUUGGUUACAAAUAUUCAAUACAAUACUAAUUUAUCACGGAAAAUAUUUACAUAUUUUUGGCACAGGUGAUGGUGCUUAGCGACAUCGUCUUUGUAAAAUUUAAAACACUUGAAUAUCCAUUAGUAAAAUAUUUCAAAAGUAUACUAACACCUGUAUUUACUACGGGCUUAAUCUAUAGAAAGGUUUAGGCCUAUUAAUGAGAUAUUAAAGAAAAAAUCUAAAUAAAUAAUAUCUCAAAUUGAUUACUAACAAUUUUUCAUGAUUUCCCUCGCUUUACAUUGAAAAUAAUAAUCACAAAAAUCAAAAUAUACACAAUACAAUCUUAAUACUUAUUCAAGCAAUGCCGGUUAGUGUCGUUUUACAAUAAUUAUAUUAUGUUACUAGAAACAAAAUGUUAAUAAAUUAUAUGAAUUAACAAGAUUCGCCCCACACUGUAAACAUAUUUCUGUAUGCAAAUGUUCCGAAGUUCGCGUGAUAAAGGACUGACAGCAACCUAAUACUAACAUGAUAUCAUAACGCUAUACUAAAUAAUAUCAAGAUAUUAAAACUAAUUCUCACUGAACACAUACAUUAACUAUUCAACGUUUUAAAGACAAGAGUAUUCAUACUCCUUCAAUCCAUUGCCUAGUUCCUAGUAUCCAUAAAUUUCUUUUUUCAUUUAUACCCAGAAAUGGAAUAUUGAUAAUCCUUUUUUACAGGGUAACUAGUGAUGGAUGCCCGAACACACAAAUGUUACUCAAUAUUUAAGUUGCAUUUUAUUAUAAGACCCCUUGAAGUCUUUGUUCUUCAAUGGAGUAUUGCUGAGACUUCUAUGGACUACUUAAAGUUGAGUAUCGUUUGAGUAUCGUCGUACUAGAGUUGAAUAAUAUGUUUUGAAAAUCUACAAACGUCACUUGACUAAAAAUAAUGUCGAAGCAUAUGAAGCAAGCCUAUUACAGGUUCGGAAACUCGAUAAUACAUCUUAAUAUUAAAAACUUACACUAGAAUUUAUUCAACGGAUUAUAUAUGGAAAUGACUUAAUAUUAUGACCAGAAGGUGAAUAAAAUUACACUCACGCGCCGACAUAUUUUGAUCUGUCAGCUUAAGCAACAGAAUGGCGUGUUCAAAGGCUUAAAAUCGUAACUAUGCCUUAUGUACAAGUGAGAUCUUACAAUAACGGUUAGAUAAAUAAAUAACUAUAAGUUUUAUAAACUUUUUAAAUAUUAUAUUAUAACUAUUAUUGACCAAGUCAGAAUAAAAUAGGGUGUUAAAGGCGUAAGCUAGCAGACACUAGAUAGAAGUAAUGAAAGUAUAGGAGUACCUGUGUGGCAUGAAUAUAAAGACGAGUGACGUUUCUUUGACAUAUAAUUAACCAUUUUUUAUCUGUGAUUGUGAAUUGACAGCAACAAAUGUUAGUGUUGCAAUAAGUAAAAAUGUUUUAAUCAUUUUAUUGGUAUUGGUCCACACUUUCAGGUCUUUUUCACUUUAAGGUACUCGAAAUGAAGAGAAAGUUCGCUAACUAUACUAAAUAUAAAGAAAUAUUGUAGCUGGGUGGAGGAUGUGAAGUUUAUAGUUUUGAUAUAAACACUUCUAAAUGUACUUGUAGUGAACCAUGGUAGGAAUGACGUCGACGCUGUUUGUAAUGCGUAGGUAAUGUUUAUAAAGAUCAAUAAUAUAAGAAAUCGAAUUAUUUGGUCACUGCAUUAAUUAUGUCAUUCAAAAUAACAGCCCUCUUAUAAAGGCCAGCCUGCAAGAGGGCAUUACAAAAAGAUGUUCCUUGCACCAUAUUCUCGUCGAUUUAGGCCAAUUUCGCGAAGUAAUGAGCUGGUUGACCUGUUCAUUUGUACGUGUACGAUAAAUAAUGGCGUCAAUAUAGAUUUAAAAGUGUUUAUAACAAGACAGGGUCACGGGGUAUGUCAAGCUGUAUGUACGGCGGUACUUACAGGGACAGGGAUGGGUGUGGGUAGCGCGAUGUGCGCCCGCUACGUUGUCUCCCGCUCCAGCUGUUGUUAACCUACGAUACUGGCUUAUUUUCACAUAUUGAAAACUCCUUAUUGUUAAUACCAAUUAACAAUAAGGAGGUUUAAUAUCAAGGUAAUUGUUACUUGUAAGAAAUAAACAAAAAAAAAAAAUAAACUGUUAAUUUGUAUUUAGAAUGAGGUUGAAAUGUGGCCAAUGUAAAAAUGUAGGUUCUCUAUGUUCUUUAGUAUGACCAUUUUCGUAACUUAUUCAAAGAUAAUUAUUUGAUAUUCAAAUUGAUGUUGUAGUUGUAAAAUAAAUAAAAUUUAAAAUGCAAUGUCAAUGUGAAAGUAAGCCAGCAUCCUUAAAUUAAUACAUCUUAAAACUACAAAAAAGAAUUUUAAAAAUUACUAUUACAUCUAAUUAUGAUUAGCAAAACCGCAUUGGGAAUGCGCGGCAAAUCGAAACUACUAUUGAAAGAUAAUAAUUAAUUAAUAUUAUAAUAAUUAAGCUAAAAUACACUAUAAUAAUAAUAAU